CUAGUGUUAAAUCGAAAGUCGUCGGCGGCGGCGGCAACUCGCGAGCGGAUGCAGUUCUAGUGUAGUGACCGUCGCGUUCCGUCGUGUGUGGAUAGAUGAUAAUGCAUCAUCAGCUGACCCAACAAGUUCUGAUCCAGUAUCGUACAUAGGGACUCCUGCAUACAUCUAACGAUCUGCUGCUGCUGCUGUUGCAUUCCCGCGUUUCGUUCCGGAGAUAUCUAGGACACCAAGGAUGACUAAAGAUUCGCAAAUAAGCAGCUGCGAUCGCUGCCCAAGGCUGGUCGCGUUCGGAAAUGUGCUGCUGGACAUCAGCGUCGAGCUGCACGACAACAAAAUCCUCAAGGAGUUCGACCUGAAGGAAGAUGACCAGCGGGAAAUUCCGGCGGACAAGUUGGCCCGGUUGGGGGCCGUUGCCGUGGAGACAUGCGGUAAACCGAAAUACAAUCCUGGCGGGUCUGCACUGAACACGUGCCGAAUUUUGCGCGCACUUGGCGAGAAGAAUGUGAUGUUUUGCGGUGCCAUUGGCGUUGACGAGAAUGGAGAGGUUCUUACGCAGAUACUGAAGGAUAGCUCGUUAGCCACGUGCAUCCAAACCUUGCCGGAGCACUCGACGGGCACUUGCAUCUGCCUUAUCAGCGGAGAUAAGCGCAGCCUCAACGCAAACAUCGGGGCGUCGUUGCACUUCAAGAAGGAAUUCGUUAUGUCACGUUGGUGCCAGAGCAAGAUCGGAAGCUGCAAUUCAGCUGCUCAUACCGACAGCGAUGAGGAAAUUCGUAUCUUCUACGUUGAGGGAUAUUUUGUGCCGGAAAAGUUUGCCAUAUGCAAGUACAUCUACGAAAAGUACUGCAAGGGAACGCCGAAUCUGUUCGUAACGAACCUCAAUGCCAGCUACAUACUGCAGAACUUCACCAAAGAAAUGCAACACCUGGUCGAGCAGGCCGAUUUGGUAUUUGGCAAUCUGACCGAGUUCAUCUCGUUGGCCGAAAUCUAUGAAUGCCCCACCGUAGAUGAUCUGGCCAGGUGUCUGAUUAGGAAGUACUUAAAAAUCAAUCGGGAGAAAAUCCUGGUUGCGACCGAUGGUUCCCGAAGUGUGCGGUUCUACCACGGCAACGGCAGUGCAUUCUAUGCUGAAUCCUAUCAGGUUCCGAUUAUUCCCAAAAAAGCAGUCAUCGAUACGACCGGUGCUGGGGACUCGUUCGUUGCCGGGUUCCUGUACAAGUACAUGAAUGGUGAAUGCCCCACGCUGUUGGACUGCGUUCGAUAUGGCAGCAAGGUGGCCGCCAAAGUCAUUCGUCAAGUAGGAUGUAAUCUACCCUCGUCCCUACCAACUUCUCCGGUUAGCGGGCUGGUUACACCCGUUGAUGAGGUUGAAUCCAAACUUGCCUAGAACAGAACCAUUGCGAGCUACUUAUCCUUAAAUGUACAUCCUUAGUAACUUAUUAGCCCGGUACAGGUGUACUUAACGCUUAUUAUUUAGUCCCCUUAGAACAAACUAAUGGUGUUCUGUUUCUUAAUCUCAAAAUUUUGGUCCGUAAGAAGGUAGUGUGAUCUCAUUUUAUUUCGUGUUUAGUUUUAGUGCUUAAGAAUAGCAUCGAUUGUACGCUGACUAUACAAAGGCAAAGAAAGUAUACAUUUCUAGGUGAUAGUUUUGAAUCUCUAAUGAUACCUAUUUUAAUGAUGUUUCGUUAUAUACGUUCACAAGCCACAAAUAAUGCAAUCGCUGAAAAACAAGCCACAUUUGUUACGUAAGGUCAUUGAAAUAUAUAUUCAAAACUGUUGAUUACAUGGUA